AUGCUGGUGAUCUGUAACAUGCACAGCGCCGGCCUUUCCCUGGUGACGGAUGUGGCGCACCAGGUGAUGGCUCCCGUCCCGGCGGAGCUGGCCGCAUCAGAGGAGUUCCCAGUGCGCUCGACGGUGAUGCGCCUCGUGCUGUGGCUGGAGGGAGCGGUGUCGCUGGGGUUGGCAGACUUCACUGACCAGAUGCGCCUCCUGUCUGUCCGAUUGCUCGAGAAGGUGAUUCAGGCCCGGGCGGCGCAAUCGGCGCAGGCCGCAGCCUCGCUGGCGCAGGUGCAGCCAGGCGCGGCCGCGGCGCCGGAGGGGGAGCCGCGGCUGCUCACCUCGCCGAGGCUCACCGCGAAGGACCUGGAGACCGUGCAGAGGAUCAACUCCAAGCUGCAGGACGUGGUCGACCAGCUCAAGGAGACGCGCGACCGCUGCGCCGCGCUCGAGGCCGAGCUCGCGCGGCCCUAG